AGAAGAGGCGAGAAGUGUUCCCUUUUUACCUCUUUUAACAACAUUUUUCUACAAAUCUGUCACGUUUUACGCUUGUCCGCCAUGCGUGCCACCUCCAGCCUACAACAUGGACGUAUUUCUUGUUGAUACGUAGCAAAAAUAAGGAGUUAAACGCUGCCUUUACCGCAAAGCAUCUUUAAACAUAGUGGAAAUUACGAUGCCUUCCCCGAUGGAGGGAUCUUCCAGAGAUGGUGACCUGUUAACUGUGAAACAUGAGCUCAAAAAUGCCAACUUGACGGGACACGUGGAGCGGGUUGGCAUUGAGAACUUUGAGCUGCUAAAGGUGCUGGGGACUGGAGCGUAUGGAAAGGUGUUCUUGGUGCGAAAGGUGAGCGGCCAUGAUGCGGGGAAGCUUUACGCGAUGAAAGUUUUGAAGAAGGCGACGAUCGUUCAGAAAGCGAAGACGGCGGAGCACACCAGAACCGAGAGGCAGGUCCUGGAGCACAUUCGCCAGUCCCCGUUCCUCGUCACUCUGCACUACGCCUUCCAGACAGACACCAAACUUCACCUCAUCCUCGAUUACGUAAACGGAGGAGAGCUUUUCACACAUUUAGUGCAAAGAGUUCGGUUUAAGGAACAGGAGGUGGCGCUCUACAGUGGAGAGAUAGUACUGGCUCUAGAACAUUUACACAAGCUGGGAAUCGUGUAUCGGGACCUAAAAUUAGAAAACAUUUUGUUGGAUUCAAGUGGGCAUAUUGUCCUCACAGAUUUUGGGCUCAGUAAAGAGUUUGAUCAGGUGGAAAGGGCUUUCUCUGUGUGUGGAACCAUCGAAUACAUGGCUCCAGAAAUAGUCGAAGGAGGAGAGUCAGGCCAUGACAAGGCUGUGGACUGGUGGAGUUUGGGAGUCUUGAUGUAUGAGUUGCUAACUGGAGGAUCACCCUUCACUGUGGAUGGAGACGAGAACUCGCACACUGACAUCGCCAAGAGGAUUUGUAAAAAGGACCCUCCAUUCCCCAAAGACAUGGGACCUCUGGCCAAAGACGUGAUCCAGAGACUCCUGAUCAAAGACCCAAAGACCAGACUGGGAUCAGGGCCGAGCGGGGCCGAAAAUGUGAAAACGCACCCUUUUUACCAGAAAAUUAACUGGGAGGACUUGGCGGCAAAAAGAGUCCCUGCUCCAUUCAAACCGGUGAUUCGAGAUGAGCUGGAUGUUAGUAACUUUGCAGAAGAAUUCACAGAGAUGGACCCCACCUACUCUCCUGCAGCUCUGCCACAAAACUGCGACAAGAUCUUCCAGGGCUACUCGUUCAUGGCUCCUUCGAUCUUGUUUAAGAGGAACGUGGUGAUGGAUGACGCUGUGGAGCUGUGUGGAGCCUCAGACCGUCCACGCUCUGCUGCUGUGGCCCGCAGCGCAAUGAUGAAGGACUCUCCGUUCUACAUGUCGUAUGAAAUGGACCUGAAGGACGCUGCUUUGGGAGAGGGCAGUUUCUCCAUCUGCAGACGCUGCAUUCACAAGAAAACAGGGCAGCCGUACGCCGUCAAGAUCGUCAGCAAGAGGAUGGAGGCUCAGACACAGAGGGAGAUAGCUGCUCUGAAGCUCUGUGAUGGACACCCGAACAUCGUCAAGUUACACGAGAUCUACCACGACCAGCUGCACACGUUCCUCGUGUUGGAGCUGUUGGGUGGAGGAGAGCUGUUGGAGAGGAUCAGGAGGAAGCAGCACUUCAGUGAGACAGAGGCCAGUCGAAUCAUGAGGAAGCUGGUGUCUGCAGUCAGCCACAUGCAUGACGUGGGAGUGGUGCACCGGGACCUGAAACCAGAGAACCUGCUCUUCACAGACGAGAGCGAGAAUUCAGAGAUCAAAAUCAUAGACUUUGGAUUUGCCCGACUGAAACCUCCAGACAAUCAGCUGCUGAAGACUCCCUGCUUCACACUGCUAUACGCCGCGCCAGAGAUACUCAAGUACGACGGCUACGACGAGUCAUGUGACCUGUGGAGCCUGGGCGUCAUUCUGUACACGAUGCUUUCGGGGCAGGUGCCAUUCCAGUGCCAGGAGAAGAGCCUGACUCACACCAGCGCAGAGGAAAUCAUGAAGAAAAUCAAACAUGGAGACUUCUCCUUUGAGGGCGAGGCCUGGAUGGGUGUGUCUCAGCAGGCCAAGGACCUGAUCCAAGAGCUGUUGACCGUGGACCCAAACAAACGCAUUAAGAUGUGUGGCCUGAGGUACAACCCUUGGCUCCAGGACGACUCCCAGCUGUCCUCCAACCCCCUGAUGACCCCUGACAUCCUGGGCUCCUCCACUGCGUCUGUGCACACCUAUGUCAAAGCCACAUUCAACGCCUUCAACAAGUGCAAACGUGAGGGCUUCCGGUUACAGACAGUGGACAAGGCUCCCCUGGCCAAACGCCGAAAGAUGAAGAAAACCAGCACCAGCACAGAGACUCGGAGCAGCUCCGGGGAAUCCUCACACUCCUCCUCCUCCUCCUCCCAGUCACAUGACAAGCACUUCCAAGAUGGCGACGCACACAAUCUCCAUAGCAACAGUAACAAUAGCAACACCCAGCCAGCAACACCUCUAACCACACCCAUAAACACUCCUUUGGCGCUAAACUCGGAUGGAAAUAUACCAGCGCCCCCUGCCUUCCACUUUACAGAAGGACAAUGAAUGGAAGAAAGCAAAAAAAUUUAAAAGAUUUGGAAAUAUUUUUGCGGAGUUUCGAAAAGUAGCCUGUUUUAUCCCUUUGGCUCAAUAAUUGCAUGGUAUCUGCAUGGGAACGCCAAAGCAUGCAAUGAAAGCAAUGGCUAUAACCUCAAAAAUCAUCAUUAGCAAUAGCCGCUAAUUAGCUUUCUUUGUCGUAACAUCAGACUUGUGUUUUCAGGGAGGCUUGUGCUGUCAAUGUUGUCCAAAAAUAGGGAAAAAUACACAUAUAGUAAGCCCCAUUCACACACGCAGCCUGACCCGGAGAUUUACCUGCAUUUUGCCAAAACAGGAUCAUGUGUGAACGAAGCCAGAGCUGAGUUCCCUGCAUUUUAGUAUCCAGGGAAGGCUUAUGUGUAAAUAAAGCUUGGGUGUCACAGCAACCAAAGAGCCCGUGAGGAGCGAGGUUGUUGAAAGUACUCGCCCCUUCCCGCAGAGAGUGGGCGCUGGCAAUCAAACCUGUUGCUAACACUAGCGGAAGUGACCUCGGGGAAUAAGGCAGCUGAUUGGUCUGUUAUUAAUGUUUAUGUCUUGAUUUAUGGACACAAUAGCAAAAAAACAACAACACCAGAAUCAUGUAGCCCGGUUAAGACCACAGACUGUAUGAAGAAGUGGACUGAGUGAGUGUGACAUCACCCACAGCGUUCGGCUUCAGUCAAAUGAAGCUCAUCGAGGUUAGCAGUUAUAGUGGCCAAUUUGGAGCCGAGUUCUAUAUUUGGACUUCCGACUGUGAGUAUCAUAGCAACCAAAGAGCCAAUCCGGAGCAAGGCUGUUGAAGGUAUCGCCCCUUCCCACCUGCACCGUUGUUUUAGCAGGGAGCAGGCACUUAGCAACACUUUCAAUCAAACCUGUUGCUAACUUUAGCAGGAGCGACCUCUGAGAAAGAAGGCACCUGAUUUGUCUGUUAUGAACGAUUAUAUAUUGAUUUACGGAUAAAUAGCAAAAUAAACCCCAGGAUCACAUAAAGUGGGUUAAUAUGAUAAUUUUAAGACCAAAAUGUCUGACAGUCAAAGGAGAGGGAAACGUAUACGUAUGCUCACUUUGGAAGGCGGUGGCUAGCAGGUUAGCUAUAUCCAUUUAUAUAUACAGUCAACCAACAUUUUAAGGCUAAAAUCAUGUGCCUGAUACUUCCUAUGUAGAACACGUUGGCUUGCACUUAUCCACUUAUAUAUACAGUCUGAUGUUGAGUGGGGGGCAAUUUUCUGGCAUUUUACUGGGAUCUAUGUGUGAAUGGGGCUUUAUGUAAUAGCGAUUAUUUAAGGGCUGCUGCCAUCUUGUGACAUAGAACCAACAUGGCGUCUUCUUUGUCCAUCAUUUAAAGGGAAAGUCCUGUGUUUAGUAUAGUUAUGCAGUCAUAGGUCCUCUUCUCUUUUUAAUGGGAAGUCUCUGCAACUUUGAGUGUAUUUAUAUGUGAAUUUUAAAGAUUUGUUUUUUAUAAUAAGCUAUACCGAUAUUAUUAAUUUAUUUAUGAUCCUGAGAGAAAAGAGAAAAAUUAUCAUGUAGAGUGACUUUUAAAGAUAUUUUAUUGUUGUGUGUAGAAAAGGAGUUUUAGGUGUAAGACGUUUGCUAGCAGAACGAUAUAUGCCAGUGGUUCUCAAUAUGUGGUACAUGGAGUUCUUUUGGUAGUAUUCAGGUAGGUUCCUCUAAUUUAUGUUUUAGUACCCUCUCUAGUCCUGGUUUAGUUCUGGAUUAGUCCUGGUUUUGGAGCUACUUUAAUCCUGCUUUAGACCUGGUUUAGUUCUCUUUGAUCUGGUGUUUAAUCCUCUUUAACAGGACACUAUGUAACUUUGGUGGUGUAUUGUGUGCUGCCCGCUUGUCUCCAUGGAUUACUUUGUCUGGAAUGUCUCACAGUGUGGCGUUAAAUCUGGCAUUUAUUCGAGUACAUGUGUUUUUAUUGCACUAAAAUGCUUCAAAAAACACACAUUCUUUGUGUCACUGGCUUGUCUCCAUGGGGAUAGAUAACUUAAUGCCAUACUGUAAAACAUUCCAGGUAAAGCAACAGCAUCUUCAUGGAGACAAGGCGGACCUUUCACCAAAAAAAAAAUGUAUAGAGCACCUUUAAAAAAGUUUUACUCCAGACCUGGUUUAGUCCUGGUUUAGUCCUGGUUUAGUCCUGGUUUAGUCCUGGUUUAGUCCUGGUUUAGUCCUGGUUUAGUCCUGGUUUAGUCCUGGUUUAGACCUGGUUUAGUCCUGGUUUAGUCUUAGUUUAGACCUGGUUUAGACCUGGUUUAGACCUGGUUUAGUCCUGGUUUAGACCCAGUUUAGUCCUGGUUUAGACCUGGUUUAGACCUGGUUUAGUCCUGGUUUAGACCUGGUUUAGUCCUGGUUUAGACCUGUUUUAGUCCUGGUUUAGACCUGUUUUAGUCCUGGUUUAGACCCAGUUUAGACCUGUUUUAGACCUGUUUUAGACCUUGUUUAGACCUGGUUUAGACCUGUUUUAGUCCUAGUUUAGACCUGUUUUAGACCCGGCUUAGACCUUUUUUAGACCUGUUUUAGACCUGGUUUAGACCUAGUUUAGACCUGUUUUAGACCUGUUUUAUACCUGGUUUAGACCUGGUUUAGACCUAGUUUAGACCUGGUUUAGACCUGGUUUAGUCUUGGUUCUUCAUGUGGCCAGCUCCAGACUCUCAAACAUAGCCCUAUGCAUUUAUACCAGUCAGAAUACUGUUUUUGUUUAACCUGAGCCCUUGUUUUAAGCAUCGAUGUCUUGAUGCCUCGAUGUCUCAUGAACAGUUUCAGAUCCAGCUCAAUGUUAUUUCCCCACAAAUGGGACGAGAGCAGCCGGAGGGACUUGACCCAAAAGAGCAGCUAUUUUUAGAGCGGCUUUGUUCUGAAAACGUGACUUUAAUGAGAGACACCAUUACUUUACCAGGACCUCAUAUUUACUCAUUUAAAAUAUUCUAAAUCAAGAGUCAUUUUUAUGAUCUACUUGAAGUGGUUUGGAAUAAGAUAAAAAUGGGCUAGAAACUUAUAUAACAGAGUACUACCAACAUCUUUACAGUUACGUCCAGUUAUUUGACACAUAUGUUUCAGUGCAGUUUCCUCCAUUGGUUUUAAAGGACUGGAGAAAGUGAACAUUGUUGUUUUUUGCUAGCUGCUUUUGCUCAUGUUAGUGUUAGGUUCAUUGUAAAGUUUGAAAUCAGUGUCUAAAAAAAGUCUUUUAUUGUUGUAAAGUAAAUUAUUCUGUUGAACAGUGUUUAAACCAGACCAGGGAGAGUCAAUAUUGAGCCUUUAAUUAAAAACAAGAUAUGAUCACAGUUAGACGGGAUCAUUACGAAGAAGGGAAAUACCAUGUGUGAACUUUAAUUUAAGCAUAAUAUUUAAAAAUAUUUAUAUAAAAUGAAAAAGUUGAAAAACCUGUUCAGUAGUGACCAUAGGCUAUAUAAAGAAGUGAACUCUGAGUGGCGAGCAGUUCAUUUGGAGCCGAGUUCCACAUUUAGAAUUCCCACCUCGAGUAUCAUAGCAACCAAAGAGCCAAUCUGGAGUGAGGCUGUUGAAGGUAACACCCCUUCUGGAUUAGCAAGGAGCAGGCUCUUAGCAACGCUGUCAAACCUUUUGCUAAUCCAGAUAAUGUUUGAUUUGUCUGUUAUUAAUGUUCAUAUCUUGAUUUACAGACACAAUAAUGAAAUAAAAACCCCAGGAUCAUGUAGAGCCUGAUAGCAGCAGUUACAGAGAGAGGAGACAGUUUUUCAAUAGAAAGUGAAUUGGAGUCAGAAUUGAUGGAGCCAGAAGUGCUCUCAUGAUCACUUCCUGUUUGGAACGCAGCUUCUAGCAGGUUAGCUAUGUCCAUUUAUAUAUAUAGUUUAUGUAGAGAGGGCGUUUAACCUCUUAUCAGAUGUAGAAAAUAUUCGAAUUUUAAGAGGCAUUUUUAUUGUGAGCAGGGUUGCCUCUCCCCAAACCUGACCAGGUGAUGGAAAAGCUACAGAGUGCAGCUUUAAAUGUCCAAGGAAAACACAUUGAUUGUGAAAUUAAUCUAUAAUUUUGUAUUGGUGCUUAGAGUCCUGAGUUUAGGUUUUGGGAUUUGCUGUAUUGCUUUUUCAAAUGUGGGACAUGUUCUGAGCAGUGGUCCUCCAGUUUGAGUUUAUCUAAACAAAAUACAAAAUAACUUUUCAUCCUUGGCAGUUUUUUAUGUUUCUAUGCUGUCUGAGCUGGAAACACCCGAUUUAAAAGUUCCUACAUCUUCUUCCAUAAAAACUCAAAUUUAAACCAAAGCUUUGACUCACUGUAGCUGCUUCUGUAAAAAUAUGUUUUUAUUUUCCCGUAAAUAUGCAAAAAAAAAAAAAAAAAGAUUCUAGGCUGCCUGUUCUAGACGUGGUUUUGUCCUUGUUUAGUCCUGAUGUAGACUUGGUUUAGUUCUGGUUUUCUCCUGAUGUAGUCCUGUUUUAAUCCUGGUUUAGUCCUUAUUUAGUCCAUGUUCUAGUCCUGAUUUAGACUUGGUUUAGUUCUGGUUUUCUCCUGAUGUAGUCCUGUUUUAGUCCUUGUUUAUUCCUGAUGUAGUCCUGGUUUAGUCCUGAUGUAGUCCUGGUUUAGUCCUGAUGUAGUCCUGGUUUAGUCCUGUUCUAGUCCUGGUUUAGUCCUGUUUUAGUCCUGAUGUAGUCCUUGUUUAUCCCUGAUGUAGUCCUGGUUUAGUCCUGGUUUAGUUCUGGUGUAGUCCUGAUGUUGUCCUGGUUUAGUCCUGUUCUAGUCCUGGUUUAGUUCUGGUGUAGUCCUGGUUUAGUUCUGGUUUAGUCCUGAUGUAGUCCUGGUUUGGUCCUGAUGUAGUACUGGUUUAGUUCUGAUGUAGUCCUGGUUUAGUUCUGAUGUAGUCCUGGUUUAGUUCUGAUGUAGUCCUGGUUUAGUCCUGAUGUAGUCCUGGUUUAGUUCUGGUUUAGUCCUGAUGUAGUCCCUGUUUGGUCCUGUUCUAGUCCUGGUUUAGUCCUAAUAUAGUCCUGGUUUAGUCCUAGUUUAGUCUUAAUGUAGUCCUGGUUUAUUCCUGGUUUAGUCCUAAUGUAGUCCUGGUUUAGUUCGGCUUUAGUCUUGAUGUAGUCCUGGUUUAAUCCUGUUCUAGUCCUAGUUUAGUCCUAAUGUAGUCCUGGUUUAGUUCUGCUUUAGUCCUAAUGUAGUCCUGGUUUAGUUCUGCUUUAGUCCUAAUGUAGUCCUGGUUUAGUUCUGCUUUAGUCCUGAUGUAGUCCUGCUUUGGUCCUGUUCUAGUCCUGGUUUAGUUCUGAUUUAGUCCUUAUUUUGAUGUGAUGUUUGAUGCAGCCUUUUAAAACUUAUGUUUUGGGUCCAUGCUUAAAACUAUGCAUUUGCUUAGUGUAGUUAGUUAAAGCCCCACUGUGGAACAUUUCAGCCAAUAAAUACACUCAGAUUAAAGCCUUUUGUUUAUCACAGGUGUUUUUCAUUUCAUGCAUUCUUACUGUGCAAUGUUACGGAGUAAGACUUUAAUGUCCAGACCAUUAUAAUGGUUGUAUUUCAUUUUAUGAUUGAUUAAAAAAUUAUUCAGAAAAUAAAAGUAGCAAUUUUUAAUAUGGAAGAAAAUAUAGAAA